ACUUUCUUUCCGCACUUUCUGAAGUCCAAACACAGAUUGAGUCUCGGUGAGCUCCCGAAUCAAGUAAGGCUUACAUUCCGUCUAAUUCCGAGAAAAUGACACGCAGGCAUUAGAUAGGCUUCUGUUUAGAAUAGAAGAACAUGGUGGCAGAUUUGUUAACACGGGUGAGGUGCUUAGUUUUCGACGAAACGGAAAUCCCACGAUCGGCAAUAUAGGCGUAAUUCAGGAAUGUGCUUUCAAUGAUGUGGCAAAUCAUGUGGCAUUUGUGGAUGUGGAUGGUAUAUCUGUUGCUCCUUUUCUGUGACCUCUCCUAUUGCUGUGGAAGUGCAGAAUACUUCAUUAAUGGAGAGUGCUGUCCGAUGUGCUCACCUGGGGAGCAUGUUUAUAGGCACUGCACAGAAUACACAAGCACCUCCUGUAAACCGUGCACUGCUGGAUCAUUCAUGGCGGUGCCCAACGGUCUUCUUUAUUGUAUCACUUGUGCAGUCUGUGACCCAGGUCUUGGUUUAAAGACAGCCAGGGAGUGCAGUCGCACCUCUGAUGCAAUGUGUGGGACUCUGGAUCAGCACUACUGCACUGAGGCAGAUAAGAAGGGCUGCAGAUUAGCACAGAGACACACUAUCUGCAGGCCUGGGACAUUAAUCAAACGCAAUGGAACAAUAUUGACCAAUACCGAAUGCGAAGAAUGUCGUGACAAAACAUUUUCAAAUGAAUCUUCUUUGCCAUUCUGCAAACCACACACAGAUUGCCAAUCCUUGGGACUUCAGGAAAUUACAGCUGGAACAGACACAUCAGACAGUGUAUGUGGACCAAGAAAUGAUCUUGUUGCUGUGGUUGUGCCUGUGGUGCUUGUGCUUGUAGCAGGACUAUCAGCUGUCAUAGGAAUUUUCAUUUCAAGAAAGAGAAAGAAGGGAAAACAAAAUGGAGGGAUAGAACAGCCACAGGAUGAAGAGAGGAGAAUGAAGAACACGUGUUGCAGGGCAGGCAGGAGCUCAUCCCAGCAUGCAGGCGAGAGACAGGAAUGCAUCCUGGACAGGUUACCAGUCCAUUGCAGAGCACCUAAGAUUCACGCCUCCACUGAUUCCUUUAGGAAAAUUAACCUAAUAUGCAUGUCCAUUCGCUAUGGGAGGAAACCAAUAUAUCCGGAGGAAACCCAAAUGGAGGAAACAUAUAAACAUACUCCAGAAAGAAAGAUUUGAGCUGGGUUUUGAACCUGUGACCUUGCUGUGCCGUCUGAAAUCCAUAACAUACAAUCAACAUUUGAGCUCUUAACUCCAGCAAAUCAGAAUAUUAUACUGAACUUACUAACUGGAGGAGAAGCAAUCAACACAAUUGCUAGUCAAUGGAAUCUUGAAGAAAAUUGAAGGCCAAUUUCCCCAGCAACUGUGGCAUUUUCACAUCGUCUCUAUGGUGAAAUUUGCAUUCAUUUAACCGAUGAAACCUGAAAGCAUUACAAGUUCAUGUCUUUGUUUCUCAGCAUUACAUGUUUAUGUCUUUGUUUCUCAGCAUUACAAGUUGAUGUCUUUGUUUCUCGGCAUUACAAGUUUAUGUCUGUUUCUCAGCAACAUUUAUGUCUUUGUUUCUCUCCCUCUCUACGUGCACCUGGCGGUCGAGCUGCACGUUCACGCCUGUUUUCCGUUCUGGUUCCUCAGUGGUGGAAUGACUUACCUACCACUGUCAGAACAGCAGAAUCCCUCCCCCUAUUUCGACGCAGACUCAAAACCCACCUUUUCAAACUCUACCUUAGUCCUCCCUCCUGAUUUCCCCUGCCCCUCCUUUCUGAUAUCCCUAGCCUUGUCUAACCCCCCCCCCCCCCCCCCCAAAUAAAAAAAUUAAAAAAAUUAAAAAUUGCACUUAUGAUGACAACUAUGUUUAGAACAGCAUUUCAUGUGUAUUUUGCUUGUUCUGGAUGUGAUGCUUUGACUUAUGGUAGAACCUAUGCACUUGUAAGUCGCUUUGGAUUAAAAGCGUCUGCCAAAUGACAAAUGUAAAUGUAAAUGUCAGCAUUUCAAGUUUAUGUCUUUGUUUCUCACUGCAGCACUGCCUUUUUUCAGUCAAAUUUUGAAUUACAUGAAUAAUCAUUAAUAAGAACUGUAUCAUUCACAUGAUCAAAUAUUUAUAUUUUAUAUGUAACUUUUAUACUGAGAACUGUAAGGGUAAUUUUCUUAAUUGAUUCUUCAUUGACAAUGUGUGUGUCAACAUAAAGACAAUCACGUGAUUACAACAAAUUAUAACCUUUUAGUGAUAAUCCUUAUUACUAUUAGACCACUUUCUGAAUGAAGUGCUUACUAGGAGUCUUUCUCUGUCUCUGUCCCAGCAGACAGACAGCCUUUCACCUUAAUGUCUCUGCUUCUCAGCCUAGCACAUUCUGGUCUUACAGCAAGGUCAACAAGGGGUAUUCAGAAGACAAAAUACUGAUAAAUGUUCAUGGCCAGCUUCUUGUCUUUUUGUUUUGGUAAAGCCCCCCCUUCUGGAAAAGUGUGUAUAAGAGUCUUACUGUCAUUUCUUUGCAAAUGAAUACGAAAGUUAAACUCAAGUACAGCUAUCGUUGUUUUACUGGGAUCUCUUUCAUCAGAUGAUGCUCACCUGUGAAAUGUUAAAAAUGGCAUUUUUCCCUUACCGAACUAAGUGUAAUUAAUAUGAUUUUUUAUUUUAUUUGAUACAUGCAUAUUUCUGUCUGCAAAUGGUAUCACGUAUUUUGUGAAGCGAAACUUCUUUUUGUGCAGGUAGCAGUUGAAAUUGUACUUCCCUCUAGGGUCUUUCAGUACAGUUAUCCCUGGUUAUGGAUAUGCACUUUGCUCUUGUUGUAUGUCGCUCUGGAUAAGAGCGUCUGCCAACUGCCUUUAAUGUAAUGUAAUGUAAUGGAAUGUUAUUGUCACCUUGCAAUACCAGCCUGAUUGCUUGAUAUGCAAAAUUACAAAACUACCUAAUACUACUAUGUAUCAACAGAAAGAAUAUAAAACUAGAUGUGAA